AUGAAAAAGAAGAGGGCCUGUGAUGGGGUCCGGGCUGGUGGUAUGAUGCAGGACAAUCAGGAUGGAAGACAAGCACAGUCUGACGGGCAGAAGCAAAUGGAGCAGAAAAAAACCUGUGCAGAAUUGAUACAAGACUUGAAACAUUUUAUAUGGAACCCAGAGAAAAAGGAAGUAUUAGGAAGAAAUGGCAAAAGCUGGUGUCUUAUUUUGUUAUUUUACUUUGUAUUUUAUGCAUUUCUAAGUGGGAUGUUUGCCUUAUGUAUGUAUGGAUUGCUUUCAACGAUAAGCCCAUACGUACCUACAUACAGAGACAGAGUUUUUCCACCAGGUGUAACAAUCAGACCACAUGUAUCUGGUUUGUCCUACUCCUUUGAUUCUUCAGAAAAAAACACAUGGUCACCAUAUACAGAAAGUCUACAAACAUUUCUCGAAGCCUAUGAUGAUGAAAAGCAAAUAGAGAACAAUAUGGUGUGUACACAAGGACAGUAUUUUAUCCAGGAAGGAGAGGAACAUGAGGAGAAGAAGGCUUGUCAGUUUCGUCGCUCAUUGUUACUAAACUGCUCUGGUAUAGAAGACCCAUCAUUUGGCUUUUCCCAAGGGAAGCCCUGUAUUAUACUGAAAAUGAAUCGGAUUCUUGGUUUUAAGGCGGGCUCUGGAAUACCAAUUACUGUCACCUGUGACACUCACAAAGGUAAUCACAGUCUAAUGGGAGAAGUCAGCUUCUAUCCAGUAAAUUACUUUGAUCUCAUGUAUUUUCCAUACUAUGGCAAGCUUACCCAUGUAAACUAUACAUCACCUCUAGUCGCCAUCCAUUUCACAGACGUGGCAAAGAAUACUCUCAUCACCAUAGAAUGCAAAAUAAAUGGACAGGACAUUAUAAAUGAUCACAAUACUGACCGCUUUCUGGGCAGAGUAGUCUUCACACUGAAUAUCAGUUGACUUUUCUCCAACCGAUUUCUCUCUCCAGCAACUUCAGCAAUUAUGUUGACUGUCAGAUCAGUCUCUUACUUAAAGUAAACAUGGACAAUAUACCUGCAUGUCAAACCUCUAGAUUCACAGGUUAUUUGUUUGAGGCCUUGUGGUGGUGCAGGGGGCCAUAAUUCCUGGUCAUAAACAUAUGUUUGUCUUAUAUGAAUGCUGACCUAAACAGCACCACAUGGUCACGAUGAUGUCAUAAGCACACACACGUAGCACACAAUAAAUUUACUCGUACCUGUCGCACAAAUGAAAAAAAACAGCUUGAGAUCAUGUUGUUUUGCUUAAAUGGGUUGUGACAGGCUGAGUGUUUCCCAGUUUCAGAAUAAUACUAGGAGUGAACAGAGAUUACAUAGGACAAUAGUAGAAACAGAUAUUUUUAACUGGCUUUUCUAUGCAACAUAUACUUCACAUUGCUGAGGUGCUCAAUAGUCAAAGUGAACACGUAACCUGAUCUCUCCUUAGC